AUGGGAUUGCUAGCGGUAGGUCGUCCACUAAACUGGGAACAGACACAAAAAUAUAAGCACGCGGUUCACGAGAACGGUGUUCAACAAUUUCUGUCAAUUUAUCACAAAAUGAAAAAAGAAAGACACAACCGUUUCUUAUUUGGAGACGAGGUUGAGUAUAUGAUCAUUGAUUAUGAUGAUGAAAAAAAAAAUGCAAAGUUGUCGUUACGAGCAGCUGAAGUCUUGCGUCAAUUACAAAAAGAGGAAGAAGAGGCUUUAAAAAAUCCCGAUUCCGGAGUAGUAUUAAAGGCCCUAUGGCGACCAGAGUAUGGAAGGUAUAUGAUAGAAGGAACACCUGGUACUCCAUAUGGUGGAUCUUUAAAAGAACUACUUAAAGUUGAAUCGAAUAUGAAGUUGCGUAGAGAGACCGCGGAAAAAUGUUUGAAACCAAAUGAAGCCAUAAUAACCUUAACAAGUUACCCUCGUCUCGGUGUUAAAGGUCAAUUUUUGGAACCUCAUUAUGAACCGAGAGGUCCUGUUUCUAAAAGUUUAUUCGUUCCUGACGAGAUUAUAAACGCGCAUAUUAGAUUUCCAACGCUCACAGCUAACAUCAGGAAACGUCGAGGAUCGAAAGUGGCUAUUAAUGUGCCAAUCUUUCAUGAUGAAAAAACUCCAAAACCAUUCAUAGAUCCGACCGUUCCCCACGAUCGUAAUUUAAAUGAAGAAUCUGGGGAAGAUGCAACGCUGCCUGAACAUAUACAUAUGGAUGCAAUGGUUUUCGGAAUGGGUUGUGGCUGCCUGCAACUUACAUUUCAAGCUUGUAAUAUUGAUGAGGCUAGACGAUUAUAUGAUCAACUGGCCAUUAUGGGGCCUAUCAUG